GUCUAGGUCUCGCGAACGCGCCAGGAGCGUCUCGGAGGCGGGAGCGCGCUCUGUAGAUGACAACAAAUCUGUCGCGCAGUGUCGGAGUCCGCCUCUCCUCAGCCGCCUGCCCUCUGGUUCUCGUGCAUACCCUCUACGGACCGACGGGGCGCUUCAGAAGCUCUGGUCUUGCGGCACCGGGUUCCGCCGAGCUCCCUGUCCCCACCGGGCCUAGUGUGCGAGCGACACGACGCGGACCAUGGGGUCGCCCUGAGGGACAGCGGCGCUGAACCAGCAUGCAGCGGCCACCGCGAAUCUAGACCCCACCGCAGCCUGGGGACGCCGGCCUGACCCCGAGGCGCCGCCGCUGCCUGGAGCCCCAGGGUCAAUCCCCGAGUCGCCGUGGCGCGCAGCCCCAGCCCCUCCGGCCGCCAGCCCUCACCAUGCCUUGGCCAUUUUCAGAAUCUAUCAAGAAGAGGGCCUGUCGGUACCUCCUGCAGAGGUACCUGGGCCACUUCCUGCAGGAGAAGCUGAGCCUGGAGCAGCUGAGCCUGGACCUGUAUCAGGGCACCGGGUCCCUAGCCCAGGUCCCCUUGGACAAAUGGUGUCUCAAUGAAAUCCUGGAGUCAGCUGACGCACCUCUAGAAGUCACUGAAGGAUUCAUUCAGUCAAUUUCCCUGUCAGUUCCAUGGGGCUCCUUGCUGCAGGAUAAUUGCGCACUGGAAGUGAGAGGGCUGGAGAUGGUCUUCCGGCCUAGACCUCGUGUAGCAACUGGGUCUGAGCCUAUGUACUGGUCAAGCUUCAUGACCAGCAGUAUGCAGUUGGCAAAGGAGUGUCUCAGCCAGAAGCUGACAGAUGAGCAAGGAGAAGCCUCCCAGCCUUUUGAAGGACUGGAGAAGUUUGCAGAAACCAUUGAAACAGUACUAAGAAGAGUGAAAGUCACUUUUAUAGAUACUGUUUUAAGAAUUGAACAUGUGCCAGAAAAUUCCAAAUCUGGAGCUGCACUUGAAAUCCGAGUAGAGAGAACCGUGUACUGUGAUGAAACUGCUGAUGAGUCCUCAGGAGUGAACGUGCAUCAGCCUACAGCUUUUGCUCACAAACUGCUGCAACUCUCUGGAGUGUCUCUCUUCUGGGAUGAAUUUUCUGCUUCAGCAAAAUCUUCCCCAGUGUGUUCAACUGCACCAGUGGAAACUGAGCCAAAGCUGUCACCUAGCUGGAACCCCAAAAUUGUUUAUGAGCCACACCCACAACUAACUAGAACUUUACCAGAGAUAGCACCGUCGGAUCCAGUGCAGAUUGGAAGGCUGGUGGGCAGGCUGGAGUUGAAUCUCACUCUGAAACAGAACGAAGUGCUUCCAGGAGCCAAGUUGGAUGUUGAUGGACAGAUAGACUCCAUUCAUCUAUUCCUGUCACCAAGGCAGGUACACCUGCUUUUGGAUAUGUUAGCAGCUAUUGCUGGACCAGAAAAUUCUAGCAAAAUAGGGCUAGCUGAUAAAGACAGGAAAAAUCGACCCAUGCAGCAGGAAGAUGAGUAUCGAAUUCAGAUGGAAUUAACCCGGUAUUAUCUGAGGAAAGAUUCCCUCUCUAUGGGCGUGUCUUCAGAGAAAAGCUUCUAUGAGACAGAAACGGCUCGCACACCUUCUAGCCGUGAAGAAGAAGUUUUCUUCUCUAUGGCCGAUAUGGACAUGUCUCACAGUCUGUCCUCUCUUCCACCCCUUGGGGACCCUCCACACAUGGACCUGGAGUUAUCGCUGACUAGUACAUACACAAACACACCUGCAGGAUCCCCGCUAAGUGCUACUGUGCUUCAGCCAACUUGGGGAGAGUUUGCCGACCACAAAGAACAGCCAGUAAGAGGGCCAGCGUUCCAGUCUGACGUGCUCCACCCGGCACCUUUACAAAAAGCUGCUCUUCCUUCUAGGUCUGUUUCAGUGGAUGAAUCCAGGCCUGAGUUUAUCUGCAGGCUGGCUGUUGGUAUCUUCUCAGUCUCUGUUCUUCACAUUGAUCCUUUGUCUCCAGCGGAAACAUCUCUGAAUGUCAAUCCAUUGACCCCCAUGGCCAUCGCUUUCUUCUCUUGUAUAGAAAAGAUGGACCCAACACGAUUGUCACCAGAAGAUUUUAAGUCUUUCCGAGCAGUCUUUGCCGAAGCUUGUUCACAUGAUCACCUUAGGUUUAUAGGUACUGGCAUCAAAGUGUCUUAUGAGCAGAGACAAAGAUCAGCUUCCCGGCAUUUUAGUACCGACAUGUCCAUUGGGCAAUUGGAGUUUUUGGAAUGUCUGUUUCCUACGGAUUUUCAUUCUGUCCCUCCCCAUUACACAGAGCUUCUGACGUUCCAUUCCAAAGAAGGGACUGAUGCCCACCUCCCCGUGUGUCUUCAGCUUCACUAUAAGCACUCUGAGACCAGAGGACCCCAGGGUAAUCAAGCAAGACUUAGUUCAGUUCCUCAGAGGGCAGAAUUACAAAUUAAAUUAAAUCCGGUAUGUUGUGAGCUGGAUAUCAGUAUCGUGGAUCGGUUAAAUUCCUUGCUUCAACCUCAGAAACUCACUACAGUGGAGAUGAUGGCCUCGCACAUGUAUGCUUCAUAUAAUAAGCAUAUUAGUUUGCACAAGGCUUUCACUGAAGUAUUUCUAGAUGACUCGCACAGCCCUGCAAAUCGCCGGGUGUCUGUACAAGUUGCCACCCCAGCCCUGCAUCUUUCUGUUCGCUUCCCCAUUCCUGAUCUUCGAUCAGACCAGGAAAGAGGACCCUGGUUUAAGAAGUCGCUUCAGAAGGAGACCCUCCAUUUAGAAUUCACAGAUCUGGAAUCUAAGACGGAGUUUGUGGGAGGAUCCACCCCAGAACAAACCAAACUGGAACUGACUUUUAGAGAGCUGACUGGGUCAUUCCAGGAGGAGAAGGGAGAGCCGUCUAUCAAGUUCUUCCAUGUGUCUGGUGGAGUAGAUGGAGACACAGCAUCCUCAGAUGACUUUGACUGGCCUCGAAUGGUACUGAAGAUAAAUCCACCAGCCAUGCAUUCCAUUUUGGAGAGAAUAGCAGCUGAAGAGGAGGAAGAGAAUGAUGGCCACUAUCAAGAGGAGGAGGAAGGAGGGGCUCAUUCCUUGAAAGAUGUCUGUGACCUGAGGCGGCCAGCCCCAUCUCCCUUUUCCUCUCGGAGAGUAAUGUUUGAGAAUGAGCAGAUGGUGAUGCCGGGAGACCCUGUGGAGAUGACAGAAUUUCAGGAUAAAGCCAUCAGCAACUCUCACUAUGUGCUGGAGCUUCUGCUCCCAAACAUCCACAUGACACUGCCCAACAAAAGCUUCUACGAGAAGCUUUACAACAGGAUCUUUAAUGACCUGCUUCUCUGGGAGCCAACAGCCCCUUCACCAGUGGAGACCCUUGAAAACAUUUCCUAUGGCAUUGGGCUCUCGGUGGCCAGUCAGCUGAUAAACACCUUCAGCAAAGACAGCUUCAGUCCCUUUAAAUCUGCAGUUCACUAUGAUGAAGACAGCGGAUCUGAAGAAGAGACUUUGCAGUAUUUUUCUGCUGUUGAUCCCAACUAUCGUUCCCGUAGGAAAAAAAAGUUGGACUCUCAGAACAAGAACUCUCAGAGUUCCCUCUCAGUCCUUCUGAGUAUCAAUCAUGGAUUAAUGGCAGUGUUCACAGAUGUGAAGCAAGAUAAUGGAGAUCUGAUGGAAAAUAAGCAUGGUGAAUUCUGGUUAGAGUUCACUAGUGGCUCAUUAUUCUGUGUGACAAAGUAUGAAGGUUUGGAUGACAAGCACUACAUCUGCUUGCACUCCAGCAGUCUCAGUCUGUACCACAAAGGCAUAGUGGAUGGAGUCAUUCUCCCUACACAGACACGAUUGCCCUGUUCCACUCGCCCACAUUGGUUGGAACCUACAAUUUAUUCCUCUGAAGAGGAUGGCCUCAGCCGAGCUGCCUCUGAUGGUGUCGGGGGAGACAAUCUGAAUAUGCUCUCAGUCGCAGUAAAAAUACUGUCGGAUAAGUCAGAGUGCAAUACGAAGGAGUUUCUUGUGGCUGUAGGGCUGAAAGGAGCCACUCUACAGCACAGAAUGCUGCCUGCUGGACUCAGUUGGCAUGAGCAGAUUUUAAACUUCUUGAAUAUUGCUGAUGAACCUGUUUUGGGAUAUAACCCUCCAACUUCAUUUACAACUUUUCAUGUUCAUCUUUGGAGCUGUGCACUUGAUUACAGGCCUCUUCACCUGCCAAUUCGAUCCCUUCUUACUGUUGAGACGUUCAGCAUUUCUAGCAGCGUUGCCUUGGAUAAAUCUUCCUCCACUCUCAGAAUCAUCAUGGAUGAGGCUGCUUUACACCUUUCUGACAAGUGUAACACUGUCACUAUAAAUCUGAAUAGAGAUUAUGUUCGUGUGAUGGACAUGGGACUUUUAGAGCUGACCAUAACUGCAGUGAAGGCAGAUUCUGAUGGAGAACAGACUGAGCCCCGCUUUGAGUUGCACUGUUCCAGUGAUGUCGUCCACAUCAGAACAUGCUCAGACUCAUGUGCUGCGCUGAUGAAUCUCAUCCAGUAUAUCGCAAGUUACGGAGACUUACAUGCACCUAACAAAGCAGAAAUGAAGCCUGGAAUUCCACAGAGAAAGCCCAAGGUAGAUUCCAGUGGCCAUUCAUCUUCACGUGGUCCAGUGCUUCCUGAAGCAGAUCAGCAGAUUUUACGGGACCUGAUGAGUGAUGCCAUGGAAGAGAUUGAUAUGCAGCAGGCCUCCACCCCAAUGGGACCACAGACAAAUGGUGUCACGGAUGAACAGUCUCACACUCAGGAGCCGUGCUGCUCAGACCUCUUCCUGUUCCCAGAUGAGAGUGGGAGUGCGUCUCAGGGACCCAGCCCUGCCUAUGCCUCACUCACGCACCACUUGAUGAGUGACACAGUGUCAGGGGCGCCAACUGAAAACGAUGACUUUUGCAUUCUUUUUGCACCAAAAGCAGCUGUCCAGGAGAAAGAAGAAGAGCCAGUGAUAAAGAUCAUGGUUGAUGACGCAAUUGUGAUAAGAGAUGACUAUUUCAGUCUGCCCAUUACGAGGACGGAUAGCAGCAAAGCCCCGCUUCACUUUCCCAUCCCUGCCAUUCGCUAUGUUGUUAAAGAGGUCUCUCUGGUGUGGCAUCUUUAUGGAGGCAAGGACUUUGCAACAGCUCCUCCUGUGUCUCCAGCUAAGAGUUACAUUAGUCCCCAUAGCUCACCUUCUCAGACACCUACAAGGCAUGGACGUCAUACAGUCUAUGGAGGCAAAGGAAGGAAUCAUGAUUUUUUAAUGGAAAUACAAUUAAGCAAGGUGAAGUUUCAGCAUGAAGUCUACCCCCCGUGUAAACCUGAGUGUGAGUCUAGCCUCUCAGAGCACCCAGUCUCCAGGCAGGUGUUCAUCGUUCAGGAUCUUGAAAUUCGAGAUCGGCUGGCAACAUCACAAAUGAAUAAAUUUCUAUACCUGUAUUGCAGCAAAGACAUGCCUCGUAAAGCUCAUUCCAACAUGUUGACAAUUAAAGCAUUGCAUGUACGUCCAGAGUCUGGAAGGUCACCACAGGAAUGCUGCUUGCGAGUGUCCCUGAUGCCGCUUCGCCUCAAUAUUGACCAGGACGCCUUAUUCUUCCUCAAGGAUUUCUUCACAAGUCUUUCUACAGAAGUGGAGCUUCUACUGACUCCAGACCCAGAAGUUACCAAGUCUCCUGGAGCUGAUGUCACCUGCAGUUUGCCAAGGCAUUUGAGUACCUCAAAGGAGCCGAAUCUAGUUGUUUCUUUCCCUGGGCCAAAACAACCUUCCCCAAACCAUAGUGCCAAUUCAGUGGAGGGGGCUAAUGGACUGGAGGAGAAGAACUUCUCAGCUGAGGAAACUUCAUUUAGUGACCAGCCUGUGUUUUUUAGAGAAUUCAGAUUCACAGCAGAAGUUCCUAUUCGGCUUGACUAUCAUGGCAAGCAUGUAUCAAUGGAUCAGGGUACAUUGGCUGGGAUUUUGAUUGGCCUGGCUCAGUUGAACUGUUCUGAGUUAAAGCUGAAGAGGCUCUUCUAUCGGCAUGGUUUGCUAGGUAUUGACAAAUUGUUCUCAUAUGCAAUUUCCGAAUGGCUCAAUGACAUUAAGAAGAACCAGCUACCAGGAAUCCUGGGAGGUGUUGGGCCAAUGCAUUCACUAGUUCAAUUAGUGCAAGGCCUGAAGGACUUGGUGUGGCUGCCGAUUGAGCAGUACCGGAAGGAUGGUCGCAUCGUCAGAGGCUUCCAGAGAGGUGCUGCCUCCUUUGGUACCUCAACUGCAAUGGCAGCUCUAGAACUAACAAACAGAAUGGUCCAAACAAUACAGGCGGCAGCAGAGACUGCUUAUGACAUGGUGUCUCCGGGUACCCUUUCUAUUGAGCCCAAGAAGGCAAAGAGAUUUUCUCAUCACCGGUUAGCCCACCAGCCAGUAGACCUGAGGGAAGGUGUGGCCAAGGCCUACAGUGUUGUCAAAGAGGGAAUCGCAGACACGGCUCAGACCAUUUAUGAAACGGCUGCUCGAGAACAUGAGAGCAGAGGGGUCACUGGUGCUGUGGGUGAAGUCCUGCGCCAGAUUCCACCGGCAGUGGUCAAACCCCUAAUUGUAGCCACUGAAGCAACAUCAAACGUGUUAGGUGGUAUGAGAAACCAAAUUAGACCAGAUGUUCGGCAGGACGAAUCACAGAAAUGGCGCCACGGGGAGGACUGAUGCUUCCAGGGUCACUCCACAGAGCGUGGAGCUGAGGAGCAGGGUAUCCUAGUGGCAGCUUCGUAGAAAGCUUGUUUAAUUCAUGUGCUCAUCUCAGGAACAAAAGCAGGUUUUAGUUAAAUAAUUUAAUGUCAAAACAACACGCAGCCAAAACCUUGUGACAUUGUAGGGCCUGGCACUUGCCUACAGGAGUGUCUGGUGGCUCGUGUCAUGGUCGCUAGAGAUGUGCUGCCAUGUUGAAUGCUUGCUUUCAUUAAAGUGACUGUAAUUGUACUUGUUACUUACAAGCUCUCAUUGGGAAUGUCUUUGUAAACAGUGUUGAGUGCUUAAAAAUGGAGCACUCCCAAAGCACCGGGGAGCACUCUUCUCAUUCUGGGGAGUUUUUCAACUUACAAUUUCAACACUUCUGAAGCUAGUGAGUGAAGCCACAGGGAAAGCAAAGCAGCUAGGGCUCGCCUCCCCAAGGGACUGCCUGCUCCUCUCACCUGGGGAAAGUGAGUGUCGCAGACGAAAAAUGCUGUGCUGCACUUUAUCCUCUGUGUGUGUCUGUGUGUGUGUGUGUGUGUGUGUGUGUGUGUGUGUGUUUGUAGUGUAACGCAAGGUGUGCUGUGUUCUUUGUGUCAUUUACAAGGUUAUAUAAAUAUGAAGAGAAAUAACGAUGUCUUGGAGUUUUUGGUGAAGGAAAGUAACCCAAAUGUAGUAAGUUUCUGUAUCCUAAAUGCAAGAGGAAAUGUGCACUCUGUGAUGGACUGGGGCCCAUGCGUUGUUUAUCUGUCCUUUGUUAAGUACAUAGUACAGACUAUUAGUGGCAAAGAAAAUUGGAAGUGGGCUUUAUUCUUAGGAAGUUAAAUAAAAAUACUCCAAAUACGUCCUAGGCAACUAAUUCAAAAGUACCAUUUUUACUUUAAUAAUGUACAUUUUGAUAACCUGUCAGGAAUGAAUAAAAUAUUUUUAUUUAAAGGUAAGAUUGUUGUAUACUUCCAUGAACAGUUUGCUUUUUGAGAGCAUAUUCAUUGAUGCAGUGCUGUCACCGACCACAGGUUGUUUGGAGACACCUCAGAGCCUGUUGUGGUUACUGUCACUUACCGAGGAGGAAAUGGGUAAUUGUUUUCAAUCUGUGCCUCAAGAGUAACCCAACAAAGAGAAACUGGCACUUUGUAUUUGUCACUGUUUAGAGUUGCAUGCUGUCACCUCUUGGUUUCUAAAGUGUUGGUGGGUAUCAGGGAUGCUGGAUGCCACAGCUGCAUUCGGUUUGUGGGUGAGAAAGGAAAGUCAGUUUCACCCUCUGAAAGCCCUAAACAGGAAGCAGUGCCAACCCCAAUCCCAAACUGCAGAGUUUGUAAAUAAUCAUCUUGUAUACAUUUGCAUAAGAUUGAUUUCCUUUUGCUGCCCAGAAACUUCAAAAGACGUCUUGGAGUGGCUGCUGGUAGGCCUCAUGGAACUGCUAGCUCUUCUGUCCUCAUUAAGCAGAGCCUGUGUGUGAUCCGGCUCUGAGCAGACACUGCAGGUUGUGGCGGCAUUUGUUGCCAUGACUGGCCGGUCCCUACCUGACCUUCUAAUGAAGCAGGCAGCAUGUGUUACCUGCCAUUUUGAUCAGACUGCCCGCCAUACCUCUCUCCUCCUUGGUUCCUAAGGUCAGAGAGAGUUAGUACACGGGAGUCCCCUUUGCCCUCUGAGCUGCAGACAACUAUUUCUUUCAACUGUUUAAAUUGAUGAAGCCAUAUAAACAGGUAUCUUUACAAUGUCGUCUCCUGCUUCUUCCUUUUCAUCUUCUGCAUCUUGCCAGAGAUGUUGAUUUCAUCUCCAGGUUUUUGUGCAUUGCUGAGGCACUAGUGGGGACCUGUCUGGAUCUGAACACUUCUGAGUUACAUAUCUGCUGUCUUCUUUUUAAAGGGCAUCUGCUCAGACUUUUGUGUUGAAUUGACACGUAGUGUGUUGACAGGGUCCUUGGGUUGCCUCAUCUGCAGUUACCAAGCAAAUGACUUGACUUGGCCAAGAUACCUCAUCUUGCUCAGCCCCAGUGUCCCUUCUGUAGGUGAAGAGGUUUCUUAGACAAGACCUGUGGGAAUUUCUGGGCAAUUAGGUCAUGGUGGCACAUGCACAAUAGUGGUGUGUGCCCUCAUGCUUGUUAGAGUGCCAAGGCUGUGAUGUCAGGCUGGUGGCCAGCAUCACGUGGACACUGUGGCUGUGCCACACCACAGCAGCUGUGGGCUACUUCAGCCCUCUAAGAGUGACACCUUCCAGAUCUGGCACCAUGCUGCAUGCUUGCAUCAGGUCGAUAAUUUUGACUGGAGCAGGCUGCAUGUGCCCACCUGUUGCUGCCGAGUUCCAUACAGAGACCCCUCCCCCCUCUAGGAGUCAGGAAAGCAAGCUUGGUCAAGGUCACUCAGCCGUUCCAACUCUGACUAUAUUGCUGAUGUCAACAGAGACCCCAGCAAUGUGAUUGCCAAAUAGGACUGACUUGGAACCCCCAUUUUUCUCUUCCUGUCUGUCCUCAUUCCCUUUUAAUCUGAGCAGGGCAUACAGAGACAGACAUCAUAGGAGUAGGCUUCCAUUUCAAUGAAGUGUCAGGAAAAUUUGGAGCCCCACUUAAGAAUACAUAUAUUUGUCAACAAUAUUGUUAAAAAGUAAAAGUCACUGUAAAAAAAAAAAUCUUUCCAAGUAGCAGUGUUCCUAAGCACAGUAUCAGGGACCAGGAACCAUCUGUUCUGCCUCCUGUCCUGUGUCACUGAAAGGGCUACUGCAAUAGCUCCUGUUAGACCAGUUAGCUGUGUCUGCUCUUGUUCGAGAGGCACUUGCCCCUCACUGUGCGUCCUUUGACUCAGGACUGUAGCAUCUGAGUGUUCUCACCAGUGGGAUUAGAAAUGAGAACCCUACCCUGCAAUAAAUAGCCUUAGGAUUAAGUAUUGAUUGUCUUAAUUUAAAUGAUAUUUACAUAAAAUGCUGUGUAAGACAUUUAAGCCAGUCUGUUUCACUUCUGCCCCUGUUGAGUACAAUCUCGGAUCCCAGGGUUCUGGGGUCAGUGGGCAGCACUUCUUCCUGGCCUCCCCUCAUCUCCCAAGGGGAAUGUAGAGUUUAAAGUCCCUUGGAAGGACUGUGUGAACACAGGGUGAUACUCUGCUUUCUGUAGCUGGAUGGACCACUUGGUAUCAGAGUAAGCACGUUUUACCUUAGGUUAAAAAGAAAGAUUAUUUGUGUAGUGUAGAGAAGUGUAUCAGUAAUGAAGAUUGUCUUUUUUUGUCAGGAAAUGUUAUUUUGGUUUACAGGAAGGUAUAGCCACUGUUGUGUAUGAACACCAGUCUGUGCCAGCCUCUGUGGAUAUUUUCAGGAUUGCGCUGGGCACCCUGCUAACUUUGAGAGAUCCCGUAUACACAGUUGGAAGUCAGCCAGUGAGAAAAAGCAUUCCUGUGAGCCGUCAUGUCAGGCUUCUUUGUGGGUGAGAAAUCUUUGAGUCUUAGCAUUUUAUAUUUUGAAUCUUAGCAUUUCCUAUAGGCACAGGACUCAGAGUCCUAUGUCGACCUCUAGCUAACACCAGGGUUGGGCAAAUCACUCCCUUUGCAUUAGUGUCAGGUGCUGCCUGUCUGCUGCAGUGAGUGUCAGCUGCUCCCUCACACUUGGCACUUGGGGCUGAGCUAGCCCCCCUUCACAGAGGCAUUUACCCUCCUGUCUCAUGUACACUUUUCUGGUUGGUACUGCCUAGCCUUGUUUGUGUAGCCCUCUAGUCCACAGGGUUGCUUGCUUAUUCCUGGGAGUAUUUUAGGCACCCAGUUCAGCUUUUCUGUGAGUCCGUCUAGCCUGUCUCAUUGUCUUUGCUGAGUGUCCUGACUUUUCCUAAUUAUGGCAACUCUGGAUGUAAAUAAGAAUAUUCCUCUGUACAAGUAUUUUUGUGAAAAAUGUAACUUGUUAGUUGUGACUAUUUAAAAUAUGAUGCCGUUAUGAAUACUUGUGAAAAAAUUAAAAUAUUUCCUCUUUGUCUUUUGAUUUAAACUUAA